AUGGGUGGCAACAUGGGGCAGCUUGGCAUUCAGACCUGUGAGUCCCUGGCCAAGGAUAAACCCUUUGACCCCGUGGAACCACCCAAGAGACCCACAAGCAACCUCAUCAUGCAUAGCAUGGCCAUGCUGGGCCGGGAGUUCUGCUACGCGGUGGAGGCGGCCUACGUGACCCCAGUCCUGCUCAGCGUGGGGCUGCCCAAGAGUUUGUACAGUAUGGUGUGGCUGCUCAGCCCCGUCCUGGGCUUCCUGCUGCAGCCUGUGGUGGGAUUAGCCAGCGACCACUGCCAGGCCAGCUGGGGCCGUCGGAGACCUUACAUCCUCACUCUGGGCGUCAUGAUGCUCUUGGGCAUGGCUCUCUACCUCAACGGGGACGCCGUGGUGACAGCUUUGAUUGCUGAUCCAAGAAGGAAGCGGAUUUGGGCUAUAACUAUCACCAUGAUAGGUGUAGUUGUCUUUGAUUUUGCUGCUGACUUCGUUGAUGGGCCCAUUAAAGCCUACUUAUUUGAUGUCUGCUCCCAGGAGGAUAAGGAGAGGGGCCUCCACUACCAUGCCCUCUUCACAGGUUUUGGAGGUGCCCUGGGUUACCUUUUGGGUGGCAUCGACUGGGCUCACCUGGAGACAGAAAGAGCACUGGGCACAGAAUUCCAGGUCAUGUUCUUAUUCUCCGCCUUGGUGCUCACUCUGUGUUUUAUUAUUCAUCUCUGCAGUAUCCCUGAAGCCCCACUUAGAGAUGUCACAAAGGACAUAUCCCCACAGCAAGCCCCCCAGGACUUUGCAUUGUCAUCAGACAAAAUGUACCAGUAUGGGUCUAUUGAGAAAGUCAAAUUUGGUUCUGUAAACCCAGAACUGGCAUUGCAGGGAGAAAAAAACAAAAAUUCUGCUGGACAGUCUAGGAAAGCGAUGACCAUGAAGUCACUGCUGAGGACGUUGGUGAACAUGCCUCCCCACUACCGCUGCCUUUGCAUCAGCCACUUCAUUGGAUGGACCGCCUUCCUGUCUAACAUGCUCUUCUUCACAGAUUUCAUGGGCCAGAUUGUGUACCAUGGGGAUCCCUACAGUGCACACAACUCCACAGAGUUUCUCAUCUACGAAAGAGGGGUUGAGGUUGGAUGUUGGGGCUUGUGCAUCAAUGCCAUGUUUUCCUCGCUUUAUUCUUACCUUCAGAGACCUUUGGGACCCUACUUAGGGUUAAAGGGUCUUUACUUCCUGGGGUAUUUUCUAUUUGGCCUGGGGACGGGAUUGAUUGGACUUUUCCCUAACGUCUACUCCACCCUGACUAUGUGUACCUUGUUUGGUGUGAUGUCCAGCACUCUGUACACUGUGCCCUUCAGCCUCAUUGCCAAGUACCACCGUGAGGAGCAGGACGAGAAGAGACAGCAGGCCCCAGGAUGGAGCCUGGACAGCGAUGGGAGAGGGCAGGGCCUGGAUUGUGCUGUCCUCACCUGCAUGGUGCAGCUGGCUCAGAUCCUGGUCGGAGGUGGCCUGGGCUUCCUGGUCAACAAGGCUGGGAGCGUCAUCGUGGUGAUCACGGCCUCUGCAGUGUCGCUGAUCGGCUGCUGUUUUGUGGCUCUCUUUGUUAGAUACGUGGACUAGGUCAAUAAACAUUGUCCCUACCCUCAGA